AUGUUACAUUCGCUGUUUUUGUAUGAUAAAUUUUGUUGGUAUAUGUUGACUAGUAGUGUACAACCCACCAAUCAGAAUGUUAUUUCAUCUCAGGCUAUGGAGAAAUUAGCCGUGAAAUGUGGCGAGGGGCGCGGACGGGCUCUUAUUAGGAGAAUAAUAGCGGUUGUGCAAACUGCAAAAAUACUGGGACUCCCAUUUUCUGAAGCAUUUGAGAAACAGCCAAUUGAACUUCUGCAGUUGCUUUCACUGAAAGCUCAGGAUUCUUUUGAUGAAGCUAAAUUUCUGGUGGAGACACACAUCAUGCCUGCAUCUAGCAUUGCAAGAAUUCUUGCUGAUUCCUUUCUGAAGGGACUUUUAGCUGCACAUCGUGGAGGUUAUCUGGACUCCCAAAAAGAAGAAGGCCCUGCACCACUAUUGUGGAGAUCAAGUGACUUCUUGAAGUGGGCAAAACUAUGCCCAUCAGAACCAGAAAUUGGUCACGCUUUAAUGCGUUUGGUAAUGACUGGGCAUGAAGUACCGCAUGCUUGUGAGGUUGAACUCCUUAUACUGUCACAUCACUUCUACAUGUCAUCUUCUUGUCUUGAUGGUGUGGAUGUUCUCGUCACAUUUGCAGCUAAUAGAGUGGAUUCAUAUGUUUCAGAGGGGGAUUUUUCCUGCUUAGCUCGCUUGAUAACUGGAGUGAGCAAUUUUCACUCCUUGAGCUUCAUCCUUUCCAUCCUUAUAGAAAAUGGCCAAUUGGAGUUGCUACUUCAAAAGUAUUCUUCCACUGACACAGCCACAGUGGCACCUGCAUCAGUUCGAGGGUUUAGGUUGGCUGUUAUUACAUCACUGAAACAUUUCAACCCAAAUGAUGAUGAGGCUCUGUCUCUGGUAUACAAGCACUUCGACAUGAAACAUGAGGCGGCUUCCCUCCUUGAGUCGCGUGCAGAGCAGUACAUGGAAAGCUGGUUAGAUCGGCAUGAUAAGGAACGACGGAAUGAUGAGCUCCUUAAGGCUAUGCAUAACCUUGUACAGACGGCUGAGAUUCUUUCAACAAUUGACGCUGGCCAAAGGACACAUCGUGCUUGCGCUCGUGCUUCUCUCCUAUCUCUUCAGAUCCGAAUACCUGAUCUUGUAUGGAUUGGUCUUACAGAAACCAACGCACGCCGUAUUUUUGUGGAUCAAUCUAGGUUCCAGGAGGCCCUCAUUGUUGCCGAAGCAUACAGCAUAAAUCAGCCAAUGGAAUGGGCCCCAGUCUUUUGGAACCAGAUGCUGAAACCUGACCUCAUCGAGCUAUUUGUGGCUGAAUUUGUACUGGUUCUGCCCCUGCACCCACCAAUGCUCGUGGAGCUUGCGAGAUUUUACCGGGCAGAGGUUGCAGCCAGGGGCGACCAGUCGCACUUCUCAGUCUGGCUUUCGCCUGGAGGCUUGCCUGCGGAGUGGGGAAAGCAUCUCGGCAGAUCAUUCAGGAGCCUGCUGCGCCGAACGAGGGAUAUGAGGCUGAGGCUGCAGUUGGCAACUCUGGCGACUGGGUUCAGCGAUGUCCUUGAGGGCUGCAAUGCAGUUCUGGACAAGGUCCCCGAGAACGCCGGGCCGCUAAUACUGAGGAAGGGCCAUGGGGGUGCAUACCUCCCUCUCAUGUAA